GCUUUAGGGGGAAAGUUUUCGAACAGUUGGCGACACUGUAAAGUGUCCUACUUAAAACUAAUGAAUAAAUUUUCAAAAUAAACAAAUUUCGCAUCGAUAGUCGAGACAUUACACUAUUUCAUGAAUUAUUAUUUAAUUUAAUAUGCAAAUUCAGCCAGAACUUCAUGUGAAUGCUAGCAUUUACUCAAAUUCAUUUCCUCGAUUUGAUCGUCCAAAAGUGAUAGGAUAUAUUGGUCUCCACAAUCUAAAAUUUUGUAAAACUUUACGAGACAAAAAAGUGUGUUUUGAUUUGAAUUUGCAUUUAGACAAAGUAAAGCGUAAACCAGUAGAUCGGGACGUUAAAUUAGAUGAUUUGUUGCAUUUCUUACUUACACAAGAGCACAGAUUAAACUUUCCAAUACAGAAGACUAUUAACGAUGCCCCGAUUCACUGUUACCGGGGUCUCAUGACAUGUGUUGCGUGUACACCGUAUGAGAAUACAGAACCAUGGAAAAUAGUUACGAUUUUACAUAAAGGUAACAUAUACUUAUGCGCGAGAGACACUGAUGAAAAGAAACAUAGAAAUCGUAAUAUGUCUGAGAAAGAUAAGCAGUUCACAUCAUGGGGCUUUAAAUUUGAACAAUUCAUGACAUCAGAUCAUCCUGAAGCCAAUCCCAAUCCUGAUGUACCUGUAGAUGAAACAGAAGAAUUCUCAUUGGUUUUAACUACGAAAUUGAACAAUCACAAAAUAAUUUAUGGAGCAGAAAUGGAUGCGAUCAGAUGUGACAAAGUAGUGGUCCCAUCCCCACCAUCAAAUGAUGCUGAUCCUCAAACUGUUUUAGAGUAUCUGUGUGAUAAGGAAUUCAUUGAGUUAAAAACAAAUAGGCAUAUAGAAAAUAAUAAACAAGAGAUAAAUUUCAGGAGGUACAAAUGCAAAAAAUGGUGGUGUCAAUCAUUUCUUGUUGGAGUAGACACUAUAUUAUGUGGAUUUCGAAAUGAUAAAGGAAUAGUUGAAGAGUUAAAAGUGUUCACAGUAAAAGAAUUAUCAAAACAAAGUAAGAAAUAUUGGAGUGGCAAUGUUUGCUUUAAUUUCUUAGAUACAUUCUUUACUUACGUAAAAAGAUGUCUCAUUAGAAGAGUGAAACAAAAAUACGGAGAAAAAGCAUUGCAAAAUUUACAUAACUUACCAUUAGUUAGUUUACUUUUUGAAUGGAAUCCUGAAGCACAUGUACAAGUUAACGAAGCUUACACAUAUGAAGAUGAUCCUAUAUUACCCGAAUUAUUUAUUAAAAACUAUGGUUCUAGAGAACUAAUUUGAAUAAAAUAUUUCAGUUAUUUUAGAAGGCUUGUUAAAUACGAAUGAAUGAAUGAAUGAAAUGUAAUCAAAUCUUAGCUGUAUAUGUAAGCUUGAGGGUAGACAUUAUUUUGUUGAACACCAAGUUAAACGAAGUCACCUUUGAUUUCUGAUUUAAUCAACAAUAUGUUAUCUUAACAAUUCACUUAACACUUGUCCAACUUUAACCAGUACGUACAACAGUCACUGAAUCACACAACGUAACAAGGAUAUAGUAAGUGCACCAGGCAAGCGCAGUCCAACGAAUGUUUCUUGCAAGGCACGCACCGCCUUUUUAUACUAGCCGGCGCAGCUGGCUUAUGAGUCACUUCUGUUGCACGAGUGGAACGACACGGCCGGCGCACCCGGCUUGUGUGAGUCACGCCUGUUGCACGUGAUGUUUAUUAGAGAUGUUAACGCCGUCACGGCCAUACUGACAUGCGCUCGUCCUCGUGCGCCUUUUUAUGGUUGUUCUGUAGACAAUAAGCGUAUUCGUUCAUCCUGACAUUAACGGAUGCAACUUAAAACGUGGUCUAUGAUAUUAACAAUCUAAUACGGUUCGGUUCGCAUAAUUCUUCAGAAAAUCCUAUACUGGCUAUAAAUACUGACUGCUUACAUACCUGGGCCGGUUCAUUUAAAUCUCUUCAGGUAUGUAAGUAUGUCCCUUUUAACUUAAAUCGGAAUUGUUAUCCCUUCAGUUUUUCGAACUGGACCGGAUAAUGCCAGACCGGAUCGCAAUCCCUGUAGCUAAUUGUUGUGGCUAGUCCGGAUGAAAAUCCCUAUAGCCAAGCCAUUGGACCGGACAGACCCUUCAAUGACUUCACACUUUUUUUUCUUCUUUUUUUUUUAUUCAUUGCUAGUCCGGAUCAACAUCCCUUUAGCCAAGUCGUUGGACCGGAUACACCCUUCAACGACCUACAUUUUUUUUUCUCUUUUUUUUUUUUUUUUUGCUAGACCGGAUUAACAUCUCUCUAGCCACAUACAAUUCUCUUUUUUUUUUUUUUUUUUUAAUCUGCGUGUACGGUAGCGUUUGUUAAAACAUAUCUUAAACCAGAACAUUUAUACGGAAUUUCUUCAGAAAUAGUGCGAGACCGACCAUCGUUUUCUACAUUUCCAACACCUGCACCUGAGGUGCCUGAGCUUACAGACAUUGUAUCACUACCCGCAGACUAUGUUUUGCUGUAUCGCUAUUUGCGGACAAAAAUGUCGCUUCUAUUGUCAGUGAUAGAGUCGUCAUCAUUAAGAUCAGUUUCAUGAACAAGAUUACUUAACCCAUCUGUGUACGCCGUCACGUCAUCGUCACUAUAAUUUUCAGAAAUUUCUAGUAGGCCUGACGGGCCUCGAGGUACUUCGCGUAAGUUUUCAUGGGGAACUUUGUACACUAGAACCAUUUACAUGUCUCAACUUAUACCUAUCGUUUUCCAAAACUGCAGAUGAUUGAAAGAUUACUGGUGGUCCGGAGGCCUUUCCCGCUUCACCAGGACGGGUGGGCGAGCAAAGGCUCAGCCAAGAGGGGUGGGAUUUGCUAACAACUGCCCGAGCGCCUCCGCAGGAGACCUAACAACUCAAGAGCAAUUGCUUCGCGAAUGAAUCUACUACCGGAUCGGAAUCGCGACCCACUGAGAAGAUCCGGCGAGAAACUCAGUGGGCUGAUGCAUGGGUUAGGUUGCACGUCGACCUCUUUGUCGAGUUCGACGAGUACGAUUACUGGGGUUCCUCAGCCUGCUCCUAGUGUUAGAGCUGAAGGUAUCUAAUGCAAGAGUUAUUGGAUCUGAUGGAUCCGUAAGGACGUGUCUAGGGUGACUACGGUGACUUGUUCAUGAAACCGCUUACCAUUGAAUAAAUUACUAUGGCUUUGUUUUAUAAGACUACAUUCUGACCCUGAAUGGAACAUAAAGGGGGAGCCAAAACCACUUAUCUGUAACACACUGAAGCUCUGGAACACACGUUGACGUCUCUGGUUGGACCUGCCACAGCACAGUCUCCUACGAGGCGGCGCACCCUAGCGCAAGUGCAGCCGGAGCGCGGGGGCUCCAAUAUCGGCAGUCCGUGCUGGAGGCGUGAUCUCGUCGUUUGGCGGACCCGUCGGCCGGCCUCCGUACCGUCGAGGCGAUCUGCCCGGUUCUCGCGGACUGGGUGGGCCGCGACCGCGGAAGUCUCACCUCCGGCUACCUGUGCAGACUCACAAGACAUUUUACCACCAUGCAAACUUCUUACCGCAACAAAUCUUACCAGCCACCACGCAAACUACAAUUUUACGGGUUCCACCUCUCUUACACGAUGUUACUCCCACACUGAGGAAGCCAACCGCGAACUCUUGUCAAGCACGCACAAGCACGCACUUCACCGGAAAAACCUGCAUCCGCCAGCGGAACCCGAACACCGCCGCAUCGCCAGACACGAACGCACCGGACGUCUUAUCUUACAGGUCACGACGACUUCAGAUGUGUCAAUUUUUCUUCCCCACGGAAACUUGCUUGCUUGUUUGCUUGCUUGCUGGAGCCCGAAGUCAUCGAACGUGUAGUGUUAUUGGUAUUGAAUUGAGUAGAUUCUAAAAUUUCAGCGACAAUUCACAGUCUCAUGUCCUGGUUUACUGUACUAGUGCCAUGUAACUCUAGCAGUAGUCAUUGGCUUAAAAACGAUUCGUGUCGGAACUACCCACUCGUCAUGACAGAUCCAUUAUUGCGAUCGAAGUUUUACUUGAGAUUUGCACUUGCCUUAAUUUCUUGCAAUAGCUUGUUACGUGUUGUAUUUCAGUUAGUAAAUGCCAUGUGAUGAAGUCGACAGUCAAACUGGGCAACAUGAGCCAGAACGUAAGAUGUGACGAUUUCUUCGUGGCUCAGAUCUUCCAUCGAGGUAACAGAGACGUUAUUACACGACUUACGUAUGCUGCAUUCACGCUCUUGUGGCGUACCACUACUAGUAUUCUGAUCUGCAUCAUGUUUUUUUUUGCUGUACUUCGAACAUGUUCAAACACGUCACGCCAGUGAGAGUAGAGUCCUGAUCUCACUUCUGAUGUAAGCUUGAGGGUAGACAUUAUUUUGUUGAACACCAAGUUAAACGAAGUCACCUUUGAUUUCUGAUUUAAUCAACAAUAUGUUAUCUUAACAAUUCACUUAACACUUGUCCAACUUUAACCAGUACGUACAACAGUCACUGAAUCACACAACGUAACAAGGAUAUAGUAAGUGCACCAGGCAAGCGCAGUCCAACGAAUGUUUCUUGCAAGGCACGCACCGCCUUUUUAUACUAGCCGGCGCAGCUGGCUUAUGAGUCACUUCUGUUGCACGAGUGGAACGACACGGCCGGCGCACCCGGCUUGUGUGAGUCACGCCUGUUGCACGUGAUGUUUAUUAGAGAUGUUGUUAACGCCGUCAUAUAUAUAUUUUUAUUUUUGAUGUUAAUGCACUGUCGAUUGCACCUAUAAUUGAGGUGACAUCUGCUAUGAACUUUUGUCAAUUGUUCAAUGUUUUGUAUUGAUGAUCACUUUGUUGGUGCAACUUAAUAAAUAAAUAAAUAAAUAUGUACUUAAGAAUACGUACUACGAAUACAUAUUAAAGAAAGAAAGCCGCGCGCGCCUUUUACACACAAACAAUUUACAAAUAAAUGUAUUUUUUUUUUAAUCCAUAAUCAUUUUGAAAUAGUAAGAAAUUUAUAGAGAUACUUCUUCUGGAAAUUUAUAGUUAAGUUUACAUUUGAAGCCGUGGCCUAAAGGAUGAGACGCCCGGUGCAUUCGUAUCGAACGAUGCGACUGCCGGUGUUCCAUUCCUGCACAGGUAACAAAUUUUCUGAAUGAAAUACCUACUAAACACAUGUACACGAAUGACUGUCACGAUGAAGGAAUAAGGUGUGGUAAAAAUGAACCCACACAAACACACCCACAAUAACAAUUAUAAUUUUUGUAAUUUUGUGGUGGUAGGGCAGGCGUCUUGUGUUCGCGCGGGUAGGUACUACCUAUUUCUACGCCCUACGACUUGAUAUUUAUCUAUGUGUCUAUGUGAAUAUCGGUAAUUGUAUGAUUAUACAUAUAUUUCUUAAAACGAAUCAAACGACAUACCUGUCGUAUGUUGUUGGUACUAUGACAGAAAGAAAGAAGUCAUUUAUUCGCUAAGCAUAGUGAAAAUGAAUUAUUACACAAGUUAUAAGUAGCGUGUAUUGUUUUGUCAUUAUUUGACAUGCUAAUUUUAGUGCAGUGCAAGAUAUACAAUUUACCUUUAUAAUUUACAAAAGCCGUCCUUGAAAUGCCAAUGCUAAGUAAAAUUUCAAUUCAAUCCGAUAAAAAUUCCAGAAGCUCAUUGAUCAUGUUCAAACGAAAAUAUACUUUAAUCAUUAAAGGAAUGAAAUUUUCGAAAAUUCGAAAAAUACGAACAUAAAAUGUUUCUUAUUCCAUUUAUUAUCACUGCAUAGCAAAUGGUGUAAAUUAACAUCCAUAAAAUACUAGUUAACAACAUGGAUAUCUUUACUUACACUAUACAUUACUUAAAACUAUAUACUCUAGAUUUAAAAAUAAAAUAAAACAAUAAUGAAAUAACAACACGAUUCUUAAAUAAAAAUAAACAAGUGUCAUGUAUGUAUUACAUUUUAACUUCGAUUUAUUUUUUAUUCAAUGACAAUAAUAUUCAAUUAAUUAAAUUAACAUUCAUGAAUUGUUAUAUGUGUAAUUCUAAAAAUUUAAAAUUCUUCGCGUCCAAUAAUUAAAUAACAAUAUUAAUUCAAACCUAAAUUCGACACUUGAUGAGAACGUUUUCAGAGCCAAUGUUUCCAUUAACUGUAAUCUCAAUAAGGUACGGAUUAUACAAGCUGUACGGGAAUCGGGAGGUAACUAAAUAUAUUAUAUAAAAAGAUAUUGACAUUGUAAACUAAAGAAAGCAAUUGCAAUUGUAAAACAAUAUUUUUUAAGAAUACGAAUUUUAAAAAACAAAAAAAGCCUCGUUUUGGAAUGUUUGGCAGUCGCCGUGUGUGUUAAAAACUUAAGUGACUUUGCUUCUUCGUUUGACCAAAACAAGGAGUAUGCUAAAUUAAUUGAUAUGGUUCAGUUUUUUUUAAACUCGUAGAUUAUUACUUACAGAUUCCGUACACCAUGUAUAUUUACACUACUAGAAUUAUUUUAAGCCCGAUAUUUUUAUUAACAAUGGGACCAUCAACAGUAUAAAAUAUGCAAUUUGUAGAUUAAUUGGGUGUGCGUUAGACUUUUCUAACGUCAGGAUGAUUUUCAUUUAUUUACUAAACAUAAAUAGAUGGCACCUGCUUUACGUCUACGUAUGGUUAAUUUCUAUAUAUGUAAUUACUAAAGAUUAUUUGUUAAAAUAAAUAUUAUUUUCAA